UUGCGUGUUUCCCUGUUCAACACCCCCCUCUUAUACUGCCUAUCCAUUUUGUCCACAGUUUCUUCUCUUCCCUCGACUUUUGAUCAACCUCACCUUUCCGUCUCCCCUUUCACUCACUCUCUCUCUCGCUCAACCUUUAUAUACAUCAGCUUCCAUGGCAAAAGAGCAGGGUCCAGAAGAAAGCCACUCAAAUAUGACCCAAGAAAAGCACAGAGGAAAAGGCAUGGCUUCAGACUCUACCCUCAAAGUACCACGACAAGCUCUCUGCACGUUCAUCACUAUCUUUCACCUCUUACUCGGUGUAACUGCACUCACACUUUGGCUCUUCUACCGCCCCCACAAACCGCAGUUCAAGGUCGUCGGCGCAUCCAUCUACGACUUCAACACAACCGCACCGCCGCUUAUUUCCACCACCAUGCAAUUCACCGUCGUCACAAGAAACCCCAACAAGCGCUUGUCCAUUUACUACGACAGGCUCUCAGCUUUUGUGUCGUAUAAAAACCAAGCCAUCACGCCCCAGGGGAUGUUGCCUCCACUGUUUCAUGAAAAGCACAGCACAGUGGUGGUGUCUCCAGUGGUGGGCGGCGGGACAGUUCCAGUGUCUGUGGAGGUGGCAAAUGGGUUAAUGAUCGAUGAGGCAUAUGGGGUGGUGGGAUUAAGGUUGGUGCUGAUGGGGAGGUUGAGAUGGAAGGCUAGUGGACCUAUUAGGACUGGCCAUUAUAGGGUUUAUGUGAAAUGCGACAUCAUGUUGGGAUUGAAGAGAGGUUAUGUGGGUCAGGUGCCCCUGCUUGGAUCUCCUGAAUGCAAAGUAGAUAUAUGAACUUAAUUUGAAGUGUUGUAGUUGUAAUUUCAGCUUUUAUCAUCCUGCUUUUUCUUUAUUCUACAUAUGUGUGUGUGUACUUAGUCAUUUAUUUUGGAGAACUUUUCUUUGCCUUCCAAUCUAUAUAUAUAUAUGUAGCCGAUCUAGAGGUAGAUUAAAGGAAGUUUAGUCCUGAAAGCACCAAGUUAAUACUAUGCAUAUAUGAAUGAACAAGGAUGGUAGCUAGAAGGCGUUAAUUUCUACGUUUUCUUCCUUUCCAUGUCGCAAAUCCAUCCAUUCCCAUCUGGAUUCAUUCUGAUCAGCUCAUGCAUGCUUAGGAUUCUGUUCUGGCUUUGCUCAUUGAUUUGUCGGUACCCACUUUAUGGCGUGGCCACAAGGCAUCAAGAUUUUUGGACGCAUGGCUGUCCAUGCAGCGAAUUAGGGACCAUUUGUCUUUAGCUAGCUAGCUUGUAAGUUCUGUAACGACGUGCUAGAUCAUGUGUUUUUGCACAUGCAUGUCGAUGCAUCUUCGAAUUACCAUUUGUAAGCACCAAGAUGUAUAUUAACUUCCAUCUUCCAAUUAUUAACAUAUAUUCACCCAAUAUUAUUAAGACUUAAAAUUACGAUC